UGGACCGUUUCGCAGUGUAGCACUACUACACAUUUCCCGCGAGCUUAAACAUCUAGUAAGAGUCAACAUUUUAGAUUCCCUUGGUCAUGCUGGAGCAAAGAUGAACUCUUGAACCCCACGCUACAUAAUGAGCCGGGGCUUCAGAAACGAAAUGGAGAAGCAUGCUUCGGUUCUUCAACCUUUACGGCCUUCACUGACCGCCCCCCACCUCCGGUUUCUUCCCAACUCUUAAUCACCCCAAAACACAGAAGGCAAAGAGAGAUUCCUUACUUCCUGCUGUUGUUAAGAGGAGGACACCCAAGAAAUAACCAAUAUGGAGAGCCAGGAAGCCGUCACCAACGCCGCUGCCGCCGCCUCUUCAGCUCCAACAAAGCAUGAGUUCUCCGUGGACAUGACCUGUGAGGCCUGCGCUAACGCUGUCACUCAUGUCCUCAACAAGCUAGGAGGAGUUCAGUUUGACAUUGACCUGCCCAACAAGAAGGUUUGCAUCACCUCUGAGCAUAGCGUGGACACUCUGCUGGAGACCCUGGAGAAAACAGGAAAGGCUGUUUCCUACCUUGGCCCCAAGUAGAGGGGGCCUGGGUGUCCAACCUGCAGAAUAGAUCCUCUCCCGUCUUCCAGACAGAUCUGAGACCUGUCAGUCCUGCAAUGGAGUUAUGCAGAGACCCUCACUUACCCUGCUCCUCUGGAGCUCCCCUGCAAUAAA